GAGACGGUCCAUGCCUUGCUGCGAGUGAUAUGAUGGGAAGAUAAGCAAGGAAACGGCGUCGCACAACCACAUCGACUCAACGUAAACGAAACGAAGGAACUUCUCUACGAGUCCUAUUUCAGUUAGAGAGUACUGAAUUAAAGAAGAAUAGUAGACUAGAUCGAAGUCCAUCCUAAAAUGGAGGACUUUUGGAAGAGAGCCAAAACCUUCGCGGAAGAAGCGGCGAAAAAAUCACAAAGCAUAACGACCUCAACGAAAAUCGCCGAUCUGGUGGCCGAGACUGCCAAGAAGUCUAAAGAACUGGCAUUGGAAGCGUCUAAGAAAGCCGAUGAGAUCAAAACUGCGGCGCUCAAACAAGCCGAUCAGAUCCAUAUCAAGUCCAUCACCGACAUCAUUCCUCCUCAGCUCUCUUCGUUGUCGUCCAUUGCCACCUCAUCAUCCUCUUCUUCGGAUCUCACCAUCUCCGACUCUGAGCUACGGAAAUUCGGUGUCACUGAUGAUUUGAAAGAGUUCGUUAGAGGACUUACUUCUAGUACAUUCCAGAACUUUCCUAUUCAAGAUGAAGCUGAGACGUCUGAUGUGCCUACCACGACUUCGAAUGUGAGGAAGGAUCUGACGGAGUGGCAGGAGAGACAUGCUACGCUUGUUCUCGCCACUGUCAAGGCAAUCUCCAAGUUGAGAUAUGAAUUAUGCCCCCGUGUUAUGAAAGAAAGGAAAUUCUGGAAGAUAUAUUUUACGCUUGUUAGCACUCAUGUAGCUCCGUAUGAGAAGCAGUACAUGGAGGAAAUUAAGCUCAAAGCAAAGGAGAUCAAGGAUGACCAAGUGAAGCCAACUCCUGUAGUUGGAGAUACUGAUAAGUCAGAGGUGACGCGGAAGAGCUUGAAAAGUAAGACUUCAUCCACUGAGCAGGACUUGGAUACAUUUCUUUUGGGAGAUCUCGAAGAUAGUGAUGGGGGUCCAGAUGAUGGUGAUGCAAGCUUUGAUGAUGAUUUUGACAAGAUUGGCAAUUCUGAUGUUGAGGAUGAGAAGCGUCCCGAGAAGGCAGAUGCUACUGAAAGCUAGAGUGCUGCCAGUAAUUGAUGAAGAGGACUGCAGAUGAGAAACAAAUGAACAGUUAAUGCAGUAUCCGAAAGUUUAUGAGGGUGAACUUUGGUGGAGCCGUGGAGGUAGUAGAGGUUUGGUUUGCUGGAAAAUAUGCAGAUGAUAUUUACUUUUGAGUAAUUGUGUUAAUGUUGACAGAUUAUAUGGUGCCUAUUUUUAGUUAAAUAGAGGAUGUUAGAAUUUCAAUGUGCCUUGUACAGCACAAUGUAUUUGUUAAUUCAAAGUGUUUCAUUGAUUGUUUUAGAAA